UUGCGAUAGCCUAAUUGAGGAAAGCGCCACGAGCCACUUUGAAAGACACUUGAAGCUCACCGGCAGGUUCCGUCACUCGUCCGACUGUCACACACGACAGACAUCAGUUCUGCAGCUCCGAAGCAGAGUGAGCUUUCUGAAAUACAUGUAGGUACCUGAAUUUAUCGCGCAUUCUAAAUUGUACAUUCUAAAUAAUUUUAUGGGACCUUAGACGCUUUGUUUAAUCUCAAUGGAUAUCCAACUAUUCAACGGAUUCCUCUGUUAUUGAAGUGUGGGGAUCACUCAGUCCCACAUGUGAUGGACCCCCAGCAGUGUGAUGGAGGCCAUGUGUCAGAGGGGUGUAACACUCCUGGUAAUGGGGACCACUGGCCCCCUCCUGCCAAACUGGUCCGCCUGGAGUUGAACGGUGGUGGGGGCCCCUCAGGUCCACACCAGGGCAGGACGAGACAGGGGAGCCCAGGGGUCAGAACUUCAGCCCCCAAACUCACCACACCCGCACCACAACCCAAGAACUGGCAUAAUAGAGGAAGCCUGCUGCCUGUGAUGUGUUUGGUGGAGCACAGAGAGAGCCCGGUCCUGGCAGUGGAGGCUGAGAGUAGAGAGGAGCAUGCAGAGUUUGUACUGGUCAGGAGAGACCUGCUGUUUAACCAGCUGAUAGAGAUGGCUUUACUGGCCCUGGGCUACUCUCACAGCUCAGCAGCACAGGCGAAAGGUUCCAUCCAGGUGGGUAGGUGGAACCCUGUCCCUCUGUCCUGUGUGACUGAUGCUCCUGAUGCCACUGUGGCUGACAUGCUGCAGGACCUCUACCAUGUGACCACCCUCAAGAUUCAGCUCACCAGUUGUCCCAUGUUGGAGGACCUCCCUUCAGAACAGUGGAGUCACUCCACAGUGAGAAACGCCCUGAAGGAGCUAUUGAGAGACAUGAACCAGAGCUCACUGGCCAAAGAGUGCCCUCUGUCCCAGAGUAUGAUCUCCUCCAUUGUUAACAGCACCUACUAUGCAAAUGUAUCGGCCUCCAAGUGCCACGAGUUUGGCCGUUGGUAUAAGGACUUCAUGAAUACCAAAGGCAUCAUGGAGAUUGACAGCUUCUCUGACCAAUCCCAACCGAGCUCCACCCACCCAUCAACCAAACAACCAUUCCCAGGCAGGACAGCCGAGCAGGUCUGCUCCUCGCCCCUCCCCUUCCCUCACGGGGGUGCCACCCACAUUUCUGGGCGUAGUUGUCUGGCCCCAAGUCUCUGCCCCCCGGGGCUGGUGACCGCCCCCCUCAGCCCCCAGCUAGUCAGCCCCCAACAGAUAGUCAUGGCCCAGUUCCUCAACCAGCAGUAUGCAGUCAGCCAUAUGCUAGCCCAGCAAAGCCUGUCUGUAUCUGUCUCCACCUCCCCCCACCAGUUCCUCAACCACCCCCCUGUUGUGAGGCCUCCCCCCUCCCUGGCCCUAGCCAAGGGCCUCGACCCCCAGCCCCAGGCUGGACCACCAAGACCCGGGUCUGGGUCCCAGAGCCAGGUGUGUGGACCAUCAGACAUCUCAUGUGAGAUCUACCAGUGGGUGAGAGAGGAGCUGAAGAGAGCAGGCAUCUCCCAGGCUGUAUUCGCCCGUGUGGCCUUCAACAGGACCCAGGGCUUGUUGUCUGAGAUCCUGCGUAAGGAGGAGGAUCCUAAGAGCGCGUCUCAGUCUCUCCUGGUCAACCUGCGGUCCAUGCAGAGUUUCCUACAGAUACCGGAAGGUGACCGCGACCGUAUCUACCAGGAGGAGAGAGAGAGGAGUCUGACCACGUCGACCAUUAUCAACCAUUCACCCAACAACACUACCCCACCAUGCCACACACAGACCAGAAAGGAAGAGGGAAACUUUGUUAAGGCUGAAGAUUGGCACUCCCAGGUUUCCAUUGUAUUUCCUAAAGUGAGGCUGUCUCCAGUAGCAGUAGUAAACAGAGGGGUGAAGAACGAGGGAUGUGUUCUAAACAGAGGGGUGAAGAACGAGGGAUGUGUUCUAGACAGAGGGGUGAAGAGCGAGGGAUGUGUUCUAGACAGAGGGGUGAAGAGCGAGGGAUGUGUUCUAAACAGAGGGGUGAAGAGCGAGGGAUGUGUUCUAAACAGAGGGGUGAAGAGCGAGGGAUGUGUUCUAGACAGAGGGGUGAAGAGCGAGGGGUGUGUUCUAGACAGAGGGGUGAAGAACGAGGGAUGUGUUCUAGACAGAGGGGUGAAGAACGAGGGAUGUGUUCUUAACAUCAACAGUUCCAUCUAUGAGGAGAUCCAACAGGAGAUGAAGAGAGCCAAGGUUUCUCAGGCCAUGUUUGCCAAGAUGGCCGCAUCCAAGAGUCAGGGCUGGCUGUGUGAGCUGCUGCGCUGGAAGGAGGAUCCGUCCCCGGAGAACCGAACCCUGUGGGAGAACCUGUGUAUGAUCCGGCGCUUCCUGAGUCUGGCCCAGAUGGAACGAGACGCCAUCUAUGAACAGGAGAGCAACACUCUGCACCAACACUGUACAGACAGACUCACACAGCUAGUCAACAACAACACACUGCUCCAACGCCACUCCCCAUUGCAACAACAACACCAUCAACGAACACUGACCGCUCUGUCCCAGCUGCCCUUGCAGCCCCACGCGGAGCCUCGCCUGCCACCACAACAACCAUCCACAGCAUCACCGGCCGAAACUGAGGGGGGUAGGGGGCAACUGAGGACCUGGUGGGGGAGUAGUCAGGGUGAUGGGAGGGACGAGGACAUUACUGGCAGGGGCUGUAGGGGUUGGGGCCAGGGCAGGGUUAGGGGGGUGUGUAACAAUGACAAGAAAGGGGGAGAGGGACGGUGGGCGGGGGGCAGACAGACUAACGGCGAGGGCGAUGGUGGGAGUGAUGGCGAGGGGUUUCGGGUGUCCCGGGAAGCGCAGGGGAUCCUGCAGAGCUUCAUCCAGGACGUUGGUCUGAACCCAGACGAGGAGGCUGUCCACACCCUGUCAGCCCAGCUGGGCCUGCCCAAACACACCAUCCUCAGCUUCUUCCACACCCAGCACCACAGCUACACUCACCAGAACCAUAGACAGCACUACAGUGAGAUCCACCAAAACCACAACCAACAUCCGAGCCAGGACCACAACCACAGAGAGAAUCACAACCAACACCACACGGACCAGGACCAGCUCUUCUAUAAUGGAGCAGGCCCAACCCAGCCUAAGAGAACUACAGGGGGGGAGUGGACCAUAGAUCUCGCUGGACAAAUGGGGGGAGGAGGGGAGGAUAUGGAGCGGGAAGGGGAAAUAGAGGGGAAGGGGGAGGAGGACGCCAUUUUGAAAGAGUUGGAUGUGAGCAGUCAGACUAAUGCCGUCGCCACCCUAGAAGAGGAGCAACAUGAUUCUAACCAAUCUGAGACUGCCCAACCACAUGACUCUGAUGAAUAACAUGACUCCAUCCACUAGUUGUCCCCUUUAACCCAAUGAGAAGGCAUCAAUUUGAUAGACUCAUCUAGCUCUGCAGAAAAUAACAUUAGCGUUUUCUGGAGAACUGUAGUAAUUUAUGAUGUGGUGUUAUUGGCGUUUCCCUUAUUUGUAAUGAAAUGAUGUAGUUAUACAUGUAUGCAGAGUUAUUUUAAAUGCCCAGUGCAGUCAAAAACGAGAUUUUCCUGUGUUUUGGAUACAUUUCCACACUGAGGUUGGAAUAAAACAGUGAAAUUGUGAAAAGUAUGAUAAUGCCCUUUUAGUUUUUAGUUUGCCUGUUUGGGUGGGGGGGAGAUUUGGCCUGCCUGGUGACAUCACCAGACACUAAAUUAGUUAAUACACCAAUAAGAAAGAGAGUUCCAAACCUCUGCCAAUAACAGCUAAUUUUCAGAUUUCCCCUCCUCACUCAGACCACUCCCAGACAGUCCUAGCAACAUUUUUGCUUGAGAAAUUGUUUCUUUUUGACCAUUUUAACUAAAACAAUCACAGUAAGGUACUUAAUUGUUACCUACAAAUUCUUUGAUAUUGAGAUAAAAAUGGCUGCAUUGGACCUUUUACUGUUGAGGAUCCAAUUUUAAAGACAUUAUGCCAACAAAUGCCUUGUUGUAUGUGGCACUACCCAUCUGUUUUAUGCCUAGAUCAUCCUCUCUGGAUUUAAAAGACAUUGAAAUGUGAAUAUUUAUAUUGAUCCACUGGCAACAGCUGUAUUAUAGACACAUGAUACAGUAUAGUGUUUUGGUUUCUUUCUCCUUUACAAAACUCUGACAACUAUGCUUUCUUACAUCGAUCUGUCAUAAUGUCCACUUACUUGUCUCUUUGACUGACAGUAAAAUGUAAAAGUGUCUUAAAGUCAUUGCUGAUCAACAUAGUUGAGGGACAUCACUCAAAUUUUGUAUGCAAAUUAUUUCACUCUAGCAAAUGUAGUGUAGGUCAAUUGCCUAAUUGUAGAAGAAAAGGCUAAAUAUGCAAAGGGUGUGUGUGUGUGUGUGUGUGUGUGUGUGUGUGUGUGUGUGUGUGUGUGUGUGUGUGUGUGUGUGUGUGUGUGUGUGUGUGUGUGUGUGUGUGUGUGUGUGUGUGUGUGUGUGUUAAUUAGUUCCUGCCUUGUCUUCUUUUGAUUAACUCUACCAUCUUUCAAUCUGUUUUUGUUGAAAAUAAAAUGUAGUAUUUGUUUUAAGAGUUCAUUCCAUUGAUGCAUGAGUUAUAUUUGAAGUGGUCGUUUUAAACAGCAAUGCAUUGGAUUGCAGAAUGACAUUAAAGCUGUGAUUUACUAUUUGUUUCAUCACACAUUAAACAGUUCUAAAAUG